CUCCUCUUCGCUCUCUUAUCAUCAGCAGCAUAAUGCAACGGAGGAGUAACGAAAAAAUGUAAACUAUAGCUGUUAUUGCCAAUUCACAGACAUGAAAGAGGAAUAUUGUGCUCCUCCAAAUCCUUAGAACAAUUUCCCAUGAUGAGAAUUCAUUGCAAAGUUGUUGUGAUCGCUGUCUGUUUUGGAGUUUUUCUACUUUUGUACUUUUUGGGGGGGAAUGCUGCAGACGAUCCGCCUUUGAAAGAAGUUGCGGAGGAUUACUAUUUAACAACGUCCUCUGGGCUUGGAAACAUUGUUGCAUCAAAGUUAACAAAAAAGCCUCACAUAACACAGAAACAACCACUCACGGACCGAAAAGAAGUGAAAGUAGUCAGUAGAGGAGGCAAUGCGAUCGCAAAGCGGUAAGUAAUUUUCGACCAUUGCUUGUUAAUGUUGAUGUGAUUUAUUGGCGUUCUCCACGCCUAUUUUUUUUCCAUCAACCUUUUGGCACACAUUUUAAAGACGUAAGAUGUCUCAAAAGUAAUGUAGGGAUUUUUUGCACUUUUAUUCUACGGAUUGCAUUAAUAUCUGCUUACCGAUAUGGUUUCUUUUGUUCCUUUUGGAAGUUGUGGAAUGAGUCCACACGUAUCCUUUCUCUAUUCAUUCAGGAAGACGUGCUCCCCCCAUAAAAACAUACAUAGGCUCAAAUCUCAAUUAUGGUCAAGGACGUUGGCAACAAACAAUGGUUUGAUCUGUCAUGAGAGGACUAAACCUGCAAUUGUCAUACAAAUCAAAUUUUUAUUAUCACAGGUAUUUAUUUUAAUGACUGAUCAAUGUAUUGAUGAGAUUUAUUGCAAAGGUAUUGGCACAUAAUGCAUGUCAUCUCUCACCUAUUCGGUGAGUUGGGUGCAUAUUUGAUCCCAUGAUGAGCUCAAAUAAUUGUCUGUAUACCGGUUUAAGAAAAAGGCUCGAUUGUAAAAAUAAUUGUCGUUUUGUGGGGUUUAUCCCUUUAAGUCCUGUGGUUAACGGGUUUAAAGGUCACCUUGAGAGGGCUCCAAGGAGACCCACUGAUUACACUGCUGGGGAUUGACGAGCAUACACUUACAUAUCUUUUAGAAUUAAACUCACAUACAGGACCUACGCCUUCAAGUCAAGGUGCUAAACUACUCCAACUUUAGAAUAUGAUGUGUGUUUGAUGUCAUGUCCCUUCAAAGUAAACAAGCCGUUCUAGACAAAUAUACACUGAACAAAAAUAUAAACGUAACAUGUUGGUUUCAUGAGCUGAAAUAAAAGAUCCCAGACAUUUUUCAUACGCACAAAAAGCUUAUUUCUCUAAAAUGAUGGCCACAAAUUUGUUUCAAUCCCUGUUAGGGAGCAUUUCUCCUUUGCCAAGAUAAUCCAUCCACCUGACAGGUGUGGCAUAUCAAGAAGCUGAUUAAACAGCAUGAUCAUUACACAGGUGUACCUUGUGCUGAGGACAAUAAAAGGUCACUCUAAAAUGUGCAGUUUUGUCACAACACAAUGCCACAGAUGUCUCAUGUUUUUGAGGGCGUGUGCAAUUGGCAUGCUGACUGCAGGAAUGUCCACCAGAGCUGUUGCCAGAGAAUUGAAUGUUACUUUCUCUACCAUAAGCCACCUCCAACGUCGUUUUAGAGAAUCUGGCAGUAUGUCCAAUCGGCCUCACAACCGCAGACCAUGUGUAACCACACCAGCCCAGGACCUCCACAUCCGGCUUCUUUACCUGCGGGAUCGUCUGAGACCAGCCACCCGGACAGCUGAUUAAACUGUGGGUUUGCGCAACCGAAUAAUUUCUGCACAAACUGUCAGAAACCGUCUCAAGGAACCUAAUCUGCGUGCUCGUCGUCCUCACCAGGGUCUUGACCUGACAACAUUCCACAGGCCACAAUCAACAGCCUGAUCAACUCUAUGCGAAGGAGAUGUGUUGCGCUGCAUGAGGUAACCAACAGAUGCAUAUCUGUAUUCCCAUUGAAAUGUGAAAUUCAUAAAUUAGGGCCUAAUACAUUUAUUUCAAUUGACAGAUUUUCUUAUGAACUGCAACUCAGUAAAAUCUUUCAAAUUGUUGCAUUUUAUAUUUUUGUUCAGUUUAGAUGACCUCAACUACUGGUCAAAACAGUCUGAACACGUGAAUGUGUCAUCCCAUGCGCUCAUUCCCUCUUUCCUGUGCCUUGCAGACAAUAACUAGGAAAUGGUUUAUCGUCUUUGACUAUUUGUGUCUCCUAUUAUAGUCUUCCUUCUGUCAGGCUAUCACUGAUAUGAUAAUAUAGCCCAUAUUUGAUAGUCUAAAGGCAAUGCUUUCUGUUGUAAAGCUUGCUUUCACCUCCAGCGUUUCCCAAAUUCGGUCCUCGGGACCCCAAGAGGUGCCCGUUUUGGUUUUUGCCCUAACACUACACAGCUGAUUCAAAUUAUCAAAGGUUGAUGAUUAGUUGAUUAUUUGAAUCAGCUGUGUAGUGUUAGGGCAAAAACCAAAACGUGCACCCUUUGGGGUCCCGAGGACCGAGUUUGGGAAACCCUGCCCUACACUGUCCUGUUUGAUCAGUGAUUUGGUUGGAAGCAUUUAUAAAGCAUUCAGACAGGACCAUAGUGUCCUGGCAGUGACCACACCCACACAUGUGUCCCUCUACUGAUAAGAGAAAUGGGGUGAAAAGGUGACGGUGAUGGAGGAAAAUGACUAAAGCAGGUUUCACAAACAUAACGCUCUGAUAUUGAAAUUAACUGCACAUCUCCCUUAGCUUUAGACCCUUUACCAUUGGUUCUGGUGAAAGGGAGGGAUAGAAUUGCCAUAAGAUAAAUGCUAUUAUGUUGUCUUGGUUACUCUUUCCUGCUCAUCAUUGUUUGUGGAAUUUCCCCACAUAUUUCUCAGGCAAGUGAAAAUUGUACAUAUAUUUACAUUUGAGUCAUUUAGCAGACGCUCUUAUCCAGAGCAACUUACAGUUAGUGAGUGCAUAAAUUUUUCAUACAUAUAUGAUACUGUCGUCACAACAAACACUUGUCUUCAUCAUCUGGAAUAUUGUAAAAUAGUGUGCCCUGAGCACAAUCAAAUGUAUUUAUAAAGCCCUUUUUACAUCAGCAGAUGUCACAAAGUGCAAUUCAGAAACCCAGCCUAAAACCCCAAAAAGCAACUAAUGCAGAUGUAGAACCAUGGUGGCUAUGAAAAACUCCCUAGAAAAGCAGGAACCUAGGAAGAAACCUAGAGAGGAACCAGGCUCUGAGGGGUGGCCAGUCCCCUUCUGGCUGUGCCGGGUGGAGAUUAUAACAGUACAUGGCCAUUAAGGCCAGAUUGUUCUCCAAGAUGUUCAUAGAUGACCAGCAGGGUCAGAUAAUAAUCACAGUGGUUGUAGAGGGUGCAACAGGUCAGUACCUCAGGAGUAAAUGUCAGUUGGCUUUUCAUAGCCGAGCAUUCAGGGGUCGAGACAACAGGUGCGCUAGAGAGAGAGUCGAAAACAGCAGGUCUGGGACAAGGUAGCACGUCCGGUGAACAGGUCAGGGUUCCCUAGCCGCAGGCAGAACAGUUGAAACUGGAGCCGCAGCACGACCAGGUGGACUGGGGACAGCCAGGAGUCAUCAGGCCAGGUAGUCCUGUGGCAUGGUCCUAGAGCUCAGGUCCUUCGGGAGGGGAGGGAGAGAAAAUUAGAGGGAGCAUACUUAAAUUCACACAGGACACCAGAUAAGACAGGAGAAUAACACCAGAUAUAACAGACUGACCCUAGCCCCCUGGCACAUAGACUAUUGCAGCAUAGAUACUGGAGACUGAGACAGGGGUGGGUUGGGGGACACUGUGGUCCCAUCCGACGAUACCCCGGGACAGGGCCAACCAGGCAGGACAUAACCCCACCCGCUUUGCCAAAGCACAGCCCCCACACCACUAGAGGGUGACGCACCCCUUCUAGGGACGGUAUGGAAGAGCACUAGUAAGCCAGCAGACAAUCCCAGUGGAGAGAGGGGAGCGGGCCAGGCAGAGACAGCAAGGGCAGUUCGUCGCUCCAGUGCCUUGCCGUUCACCUUCGCACCCCUGGGCCAGACUACACUCAAUCAUAGGACCUAUGGAAGAGAUGAGUCUUCAUUAAAGACUUAAAGGUCGAGACCGAGACUGCGUCUCUCACAUGGAGCUCUAUAGGAGAAAGCCCUGCCUCCAGCUGUUUGCUUUGAAAUUCUAGGGACAAUAAGGAGGCCUGCGUCUUGUAACCGUAGCGUACGUGUAGGUAUGUACAGCAGGACCAAAUCGGAGAGAUAGGUAGGAGCAAGCCCAUGUAAUGCUUUGUAGGUUAGCAGUAAAACCUUGAAAUCAGCCCUAGCCUUAACAGGAAGCCAGUGGAGAGAGGCUAGCCCUGGUGUAAUAUGAAUACCAACAAGGUAUUCAUUCCAUUGCAGUAACAUUAUCUAAAGCUAAAUGUCAUCUUGGAUGUCUAAAGACUGCUCUCUCUGUCUGCAGGUCUUUAAAACCUCCCUGCUUACCCGAGCAUCCUGGCGAGGUUUAAGGGACAUCUUAUGUGGGCCUCAUCAAGGGGAAAAAAGCUAUUUUUUUUGGGUAGCUCACUGACUCACUUAAACUGCAGGAGAGUGAGCCAAUGAAGGAGAGAAAGAGGGAGAAAGUACCUCUUGGCAGACAUGGGCAGAGGCUGGUGUUGAGUAACUUGGAAAAUCUGUUUAUCAGAAUACACGUAGCUAGGGGUGAUGAUUCACUCAAAGAGAAUGUUACUUUAUUGAAAUCUGUUAUGCAUGGGGAGGACUUUCAUAUUCAGAAAGGAAAGCAAGCACAUUUUUCUUAUUUUUUCUAAAACAUCUGGUGAAAUUCCCUUCUCACAGCCUUCAUCCACAGUACUCUGUUGUCAAUAAUUAGUUCAGUUCUUGUUGUAUCCCCUCAGAGCUAGUCUGAGUCUGUCCAAAUGUUUCCAGAUGGGUGGAAUAUAGUUCUAACACUGUCAGAUUACCUCACAUGAGCAGCAUGUGCUUCGUAACGGGGCUUUGCUGGGUCUAACUGUGUUCACAACAUUCAUUUCCCUGGUCCAGGCCAGAUAUAGUAUGCAUCAUAGAACAACACAUUUAUGGUUAGGUUGCACAUUAAAAGACAGUAUGCCACUCCCUCAGUAUUUUGUAUUACUUUCCCCCUACUAAUGUAUACAGUACAUGUUCAUAAACAUGAAUUGUUCUUGAAAGAGCCGUCAAAGCCUAGACUAGAGGACAGGUUUCUCUGAGCCCUGCCAUCAAUCGUAAUCGGUGUUGCGUGAUUGUCCCUCAGCCAUGCAGAAAACGAAGUGUCACGCUUGGAGACUGUCCUGCAACCCACCUGGCAAAUUUCAGUCCCCCCCCUCAGAUUUUUAGACUAGUAGACACAUUAUUCUGACAGACUAGUCUGUUUCCUUUCCAAAAUCCUCACACAACUGAUAGACAGAGUUACAAAGGACGAUUUGUUCUAAAUGAGGAUUUUUGUGGCCAUGAGUUUGUAUUCUUCCUUUGCUCCAUGCUAAUGUAUACAUAUAUACAGGUGUUAUAAAACAAAAAACACAGCCCAUACAGUAUAUACAUAAAGUGCAGCGCUGAGCAUUUAGGUCUAGUUCUACGUUGAGCAAUACAAAUGUAUACUUUUCAGACUGUGAUAUAUUCUGCUCUGCUGAAUCCAUUUGAAUGAAAUGGCAGUCUCUUCCACUGUGCAGAGAGAGCAUUUUUAAAUCGGAUAUAGAAAUGACUGGCUUUGAGCAUUAGAGAACAAAGCCCAUAGGGUAUAUACAAACCUACAGUACAGGGGGAGGGAGAGCUGCUCAUUCUGAACACUAGGCAGGGACGUCUUAACGGAGGCCUUGAAUAUGGACAUGUUGGUUAGCUGUCUGUCAGUAGAAACAGUGUGAUGAUGUGCUGUCUGGAAUGUAUGUGUCUCAGGCAUAUCCUGUCAUGUUCCUGCUGUGCCUCUUAACUCUCAUGGCGUUGCAGUUGAUAUGUCCUUGAUGAAGUAGCAGCCUUGCUUUGGAGCGGCAUGGUUCUGCUAUUCGGAUGACAGUUGAUGAGGAGGCUUCUGUAAACUGAGAGUCUGAGUCAUGUUGCCCCUGUGUGUUCCCUUGUAGCAGACAGAGGAGUGACAUGGGACUGGGCAGGCUUUCAUCGAAGCGCACCCGAGCUGAGGAAGUCAUGCACCUGGCCGUGGUGGCCUGUGGGAACCGCCUGGACGAGACGCUCACCAUGGUCAAGUCGGCCCUCCUCUUCAGCAUCAAGAGGAUCAAGUUCCACAUUUUUGCAGAGGACCCCUUGGCCUCUCAGUUUGAAAAGGGGGUAAGUACCGUCAGGCAGGUACUAGAGUACAUGAUCUAGGCUUUAGGUACGGUAUGUUUCUGGAAAAGUAACACUCUAAUUCUCAAAAGAUCAGCCUUUUUGAAUAUUUUCAAAGACUCAUGCAUAUCUUGGUUGCUGGUCAGUAAUAUAUUACAUUUACUGCCAGAUCUGAGCAUGUUGAAAAAAAACACAGAUUUAUGCUUUUUGAACAGAUUUAUGCUCGCUUGCCCUCUUCAACAUCUUACAGACAUCAGACCCUUUUAUCUCAAGGUCGAUCGUGUAUCACCCAGACAUUUGUCUCACUGAAUUACCUAUGCAACAUUUCAAAGUCACUUUUUAGUUUGUUUAUUCACGAUCCAAGCUUUACAAAGUCAAUGUCUUAGGCUACUGUGUAGCUGUAAACCUAAAGGUAUACAUACCGGUAAACCAAAACAGCAUGCAUGCAUGAGGCUACAUGCCCUUUGGGUGUUUAUGGAGUAUGGUCUGUGUACCAUGUGAGAACCUCCCCCAUUAUAAUUGGUUUCAUGCUAGCCAGGAAGUCGAGUUAGUUAAACCCUAAAAUCAGUAGCAUAUGUGCAGGAGAUGGAACGUUCUAUGUCUGGCCUGCCUGCGCUGGUCAAAGAGGAGGUAGAAGCGAAGGGCUGAAAAGGGUUCUGGCCUCGUUGAUCUGUGCACCUAGUCAACAGAAACCCUGCUAGCUCCUCACACUGAUCUUUGUUUUGGGGCCAAAUUGUUUAAUAAUGCUGCCGAUUAUGGAGGGCUUCAGUAUCUAACAGAGCAGAAAAUCAUAGGCCUCUAUGUGUGACAGCAGUGUUGACUUUGAGGGGGUAACCCUCAGGCUUGGACAGAAUGGGCCUCAAAUCUGCUACCUCAUGUUUAGGUUAGUUUCACUGGGAGUUAGGCGUAGUUAUAGCAACAGCUGGCAGCCUUAUGGUCGAUGUACAACACAACUGCACUUACUGUAAAGACAUGACUUCAUUGGUUUACAAGGACUUCCUUAGAGGUGUAUGUAGACUUGAACUCUCAGGAGUGUAUCAUGUGUCAGAAUAAUGAAUAUUUCCGUUUGCUCUUUUAGUGAUCACUCUCCCAUACACCUCUUGACUCAACCUUUCGAGUUGCAGUUUUGUUACUUUGGAAGUUAGAUAUGAGACUUCCUGUGAUGGCAUCUUAAAAUGGCUGUGUUACCUCUAACAGCUAAUGAUGAUGGUGUCUAGUAACUUUGUGUGGUUUCUCUUUCAGCUGAGCCAGUGGGCCCGCGGUAUCUCCAACAAGUUCCAGUACAGUAUCUACCCAAUCACCUUCUCUGUGGGGAAUGCAGAGGAAUGGAAAAAGCUGUUCAAGCCCUGCGCUGCCCAGAGGCUGUUUCUCCCUGUAAGGCUGCAGCACAUCUUCUCUCUCACCUCUCUAUGUACUAUAUCGUAUUUAUCAAACAUAUACACAGAGUCUUUCAAAUGACAAAUAUAUAUUCAUCAGCAAAUGUGUUUAGAUAAUUGUCCAGGUCAUCCGCUUCCUAUUUCUGUUACACUCUGGGCUGCAUCCUGACCCCAAUGCAUUUUCUAUUAGAUAGGUUUAGCUUAGUUUACACAAGCAUAUGAGUGAUAUACCCAGAUAAUAAUAGUGUAUAUCCUUUAUUAUGGGUUUCACUUGUUAUAUUAAAUUGGUAUAUAAUCAAUUACCUUAGCAUGGUAAUAUAUGGCUUUAUUCAUACCCAUUGACCUUUACUUAACAAACCAGCAAUCUCCAGAGAUUGAAUUCAAUGGACAUGCAUAUAUAUUUUUUUAUGGACAAUCUUUGAAUCAUCACAGUGUGCACACAUUGCUUUGUCUUUGUACACAUUGCAUUGCACUGUUGUAAAAAGUGGUAAGCAAUCCAUGACUGCAAUUUGAUUGAUUGGCAGAUGAUGCUACACAAACCAUAUACUUUGCAGGAGCCGAGUGAUAUUUGAUUCUCAUCAGGAACAGAUUGCUUUGUGAUUACUCUUCCCUCAAGCCAUUGUAUGUUUUGAGAUGGCACAUACUGUAUGUAUAAUGGACUGUCACUGCAAUAGGAGAAAAUGACAUAUUCUGAUUGUAACUUACACAUUAUGAUUGUUGUGACAACAGGUGAUCCUGAAGGAUGUGGACUCUUUACUCUACGUGGAUACAGACGUGCUGUUCCUCAGGCCCAUGGAUGAUAUGUGGAGUUUCCUCAAGGCCUUCAACACCACCCAGCUGGCUGCUAUGGCCCCAGAGCAUGAGAUCCCCAAGAUUGGCUGGUACAGCCGCUUCGCACGCCACCCCUUCUACGGGGUCACCGGGGUCAACUCAGGAGUCAUGCUGAUGAACCUCACAAGGAUCCGAAGAACUUUGUUCAAAGUAUGGAACAUCAUCAAUCAAUCAACCUUUUGGUCAUAUUCCCUAUCCCAUGUCACUCACUACUGAGCAUUUCUGCCCUGUUGUCCACCUCUGAGUUGAAAGCUGUAAGGAGAGUAGUUGUAUCAGUCAAUCAUAUCUAUCUGAAGCCAGCCAGCUUAAGAUAUGUCACUUAUUGGCACUCCGUCUCAACAGUCUGAGUGCUCAAUGUAGUGGAGGCCAUGAUUAAGGCUCUGUGAUUGCCACACUCACAUUAGAGCAGUGCUUCAGCACAAUCAAGCUCAUAUUGGGAUCUCCCUUCAUCUAAGAAGGAGCAGUUUGCUCCUUUCAAAUUGGGCAUAGUGUAAGAAUUGUAGCUGCUAUUUAGGCUGUGGAGUAAACCAGUCCCUGUUCCUAUUCCAGAACAGCAUGAUACCCAGUGGCCUGUCAUGGGAGGACCUCCUCCACCCACUCUACCAGAAGUACAAGAACCACAUCACUUGGGGCGACCAAGACCUCCUCAACAUUAUCUUCCACUACAAUCCAGGUACACUCUGCCAACCCACAAAUAAGAAAAUAAAAUGGCAAAUAAUUUCACCGCCAUUCAUGUUGACAGCAAGAGCUGUACUUAGGCCUGCAUCAAUUUAAAAUGUUUCCCCAAAACGUGAAUCCAUGGGUGUUUGCAUAAAUGUCAGCUUGUAUGGAACUCAAUACAAUUCCUUCAGGCAGGUGUAGUUAUUGGUUUUCCUGCUCUAAUACAACCACAUGAAAGAACUCUCUUAAAUGAGGUAAAUGCUGUGGAACGAAACAAACCUGCGGCUGCAGCAGCAGAUUCAGUCACAGGUACUAAGUGUUCCAAGCCUGAAGUAGACUUGGCUGGAGCAUUGUUUGUCUGACAACAUGAAUGGAACCUGUCUAGUAAACAAGCAUAUCCCUAGCAGCAUCCCCAAAUAUUUUUUUAUUUGAAAAAGGGCCAUGUGCAGGGAGCAGCCAGUCACUGUGUACUAUCUGCCUCCACCAUGGAAAGACUUCAGUCCCUGGCAUGUCUGAUCUUUCUCCUUUUAUGUCUGCCCUCAACCUGGUCACAGAGCAUUUAGUAUUAUUCUGUAUGUAAAUCAGAGAAACUCCAUUUAGUAUGAUAUGUUACGUUAUUUAAGACAUAUGGUUACUUAAGGCAGAAACGAAAGUGGGGUGGAUGGGUGGGCGUAUAACGCAAACGUCUAGCAACUCAAAGGUUGCGAGUUCAAAUCUCAUCACGGACAGCUUUAGCAUUUUAGUUCAUUAUCAACUACUUACUACUUUUUAGCUACUUUGCAACUACUUAGCUAACCCUUCCCCUUUAACCUAACUCCUAAACUUAACCCUAACACCUAACCCAUCUAGCAACCCAAUGGUUGCGAGUUCAAAUCUCAUCACGGACAAUUUUGGAUUUUAGCUAAUUACCAACUUUAACUACUUACUACUUUUCAACUACUUAGCUAACCCUAACUUAAACCCUUUCCCUAACCAUUUAACUUAACUCCUAAACUGAACACUAACCCCUAGCUACCUAGCUAGAAUUCGUAACCUAUCAUAUGUUUGGCAAAUUCUCAUAAUAUUGUACAUUUAGCAAAUUCGUAAAAUAAUACGAAAUGUAAUUUGUAACAUAUCAUAUACGAAAUAGGUGAUGGACAUCCACAAAUGAAUACAUACUAUACAAAACAUAACAUAUCAUACUACAUGGAGUGUCUAGGAUUUACUUACAGAAUAAUACGAAAUGCUCUGAGACUAGGUUGCUGCCCUUGUUUCUGGUUUAAGGGGAUUCUCCAUUGGUGUUUCUCCCUUCCCAAGUCAAGAUUUAAUGCAUUUUUAAAAGGACUAGAAUCCUUUUAGUUGUGAAGCAAGCCAUUUGAUAAUUGACAUGUUUUGGGAUCAGCAAAACAUGAGGUCUGAACGAUUAUCAUUGUAUGUUGAAGUCAUUAGGUUUCUUUUUUCUGUCUUUGGUAGUUUUUUCAAUAUUGGUGUCACAGUAUGCACUGUGGUAAGCUUUGGGACAUUGUGCAGAAAUCUGAUGUAACAGACAUGUAAUGGUGUGUUCCUGUGUUUGCAGAGUGUCUGUACACCUUCCCAUGCCAGUGGAACUACAGGCCUGAUCACUGCAUGUAUGGGAGCAACUGUAAAGGAGCGGAACAGGAAGGCGUGUCCAUUCUCCACGGCAACCGAGGAGUGUAUCACGAUGACAAACAGCCAGCCUUUAAAGUAGUGUAUGAUGCAAUACAUGAGGUAAGAAUAAUCUAUUCAUUUGAGUAGAUUGUUUCACUAAAAACUGCAAGUUUCUUUACUAGAUUGCCGGUUACAUCCUCUGGGACAAAGGCAACAAAAUGAAGGGGGAGGCGCUCAGAAAAUGAUCAACCUUGGUAUUAAAUCCUUCUGUCCUUUGUCCUUUUCUCUCCUUGGAAAUGCUGUGGAAAUGUUAACAUAUGGAAAUCCUUGUCUCACAGCAACAUCAGCCCCCUCUGCUGCCCACAGAUAAGCCUUUUAUUAACCAGACAAUAUGAUUCAUAUCCAUCCCCUUCUAUAGUACCUACAGUAAGCCAAUGGCACAGUUGAUUUAUAAGAGGUUUGAUAAGCUACCACUACUGGUGUCUAACCCUGAGGCAUGCAAUGGUUCUGUUUUACAGUACCCCUUUGAGGACAACUUGUUCCAGUCACUGUUCUAUCCCCUCCAGACCAAGUUUCUGGACACCGUCAACACCCUGUGUGGUCGGAUUCCCCAGGUGUUUCUCAAACAGGUAGAGAAGACCAUGAGGACCAUGUACGAGAAGAAAGUGGUCCGUCAUGUGAAGCCUCCACCUAAAUAACUACAGGAAACUGGAUAGAGGAAGUUAUUUCUGACAUCCCUAUGGGAAUCUUUCUGUGGAAGAUGUGCAAUGUCAGGAGUCCCCAGACCAGACUGCCAUAUUAUGACUUUGACAGAACUAGUCUGGAAACCGAUUGAUGGAAUCAGAAUGCGUUGCACGGUGUCUGUAACACACAGCGGAUCACAAAUGACAUUCCAUUUGAUUGGAAUGGUGGUAUGGAUCAUGAUGGUCAUGUAGAAGGACAGGCAUACAGUGCUGGUCAAUGAUGCUGUGUGUGGGGUAAGCUUGCCUGAUCACCCACUUAUUUUUUUUACAUAACCUGAUUUAUAGGUGAAAAUGUGAUGAUAAACUUCGUGAUUUGUUUUAUACUUUUUUUAAAGUCCAAUGCUUUCUUGAGUUCAGGAUAAGUCCUGGUGGAGAGUAUUAUGUGGGAAUUUAUUUUGUUUUUCUCUUAAAAUAUGCAUGAACGUGUCUGCCGUAAUGCCUUUAUACCAGAGGCUUCUGGAAAUGGUUUGAAAUUAUCCCACUCUGCCUGAAGGUUGGCGCCUAAUUGAUCCUUUUAUGUCAAGCAAAGCUAAUGGGCCUUUGCUUAACCAGAGCUUUCUGUCAAAGACAAAAUCACUUGCAUAUCUGUACAUGUGGGAAUGAGUGAAUGUGAUUAAACUUGUCCAGUUCUCCAAUGCCAGCGACAGUAUUAAACACAGUAUCAUGAACAUAUCAUACACUAGAAAUUACCAUUUAAUAUUUUGUAUAGAAGAUGUGUAGCCAAAUGCCCUAUUGCAGGGGUAGGCAACCCUGUUCCU